AUGAAGCUUUCCUGGUCACUAGCAGCUUUGGCAACAGCCCGAGUCGCUCAAGAAUCCGAUAAUGCUUUGGAGGACGAGCGAAUCUGGGUCCCAGACUACACGGAAGAAAUCACCGUAGACCUGAGUACCACCGCCGAUGGAACCUUCACCUGGUCCGUCCCGACCUUCGACGACGGCAGUGGCUACCAACGAUACAAGCCGAAUAUGUACUAUCGAGUUUACGUGACGACACCUUCCGAGCUGGAUGUUGUCAGUGUUGCAUUCAGCGAUUUCGAUGUGGAAGAAAAAGGCAUCGCUGGUUUGUGCGAUAACGACGCUGCGAUGGUCUUCAACGGUCCAGACGGCAACGCCGAGCUCGCCCGCUAUUGUGGAAAUCAACCCGUUGCGGACGUCACUGGAACUCGUCAGGAUCUCACCCUCGUCUUCAAAACCAACGAAAACAGCGUCGUCCACAGGGGCUUCACAGCAACGUUCACGACUGUUCCCCUGCCUGAGAAUCUUCUCGCCUGGAACAAGAUCAACAACGCUUUCGAAGAUUUGAAGAGCGAAGUCUUUGAUGGACACGAUCACUUCAAAGAACAUCUUCAGGCCAAAAAGCGAUCUUCAUCCAGAGAAUCUUCAGCAGAUUCGUCUGGAUGCGCGACAACAGCAAGCCAUUUUACACUGAUGAAUAUGGCGAACUCCAGCCUACCACCAACGACGGACUACAGCGAUCCUUGCUACGCUCUCGGCAAUUUCAUCGAGUCGAUUCGCAGCUUUCACUUCGCCUACGUCUGCCAAGACGAUCUCUUCCCCACCAUCUACUACCCAGUCGCCGGAGAAACGCCACAAGAAGCCAGAGCUAGAAGAUCAAAGAUUCCAGCAAAGACCAAGAAAAUGCUCUACAACCAGUACGUAGCCUUCACCAACCAAAAGUUCCACGGAAUGGGCUGCCUCGUUUAA